UCGCUCCAGCUCGCCCGUCUUUUAAUCCGACUGGCCGACGCCGUUAACGACAAAAUGCUAAUUGCAGGUCGCGGGAUAAUUCGGAUCGCGUUCGUUUCAGAUUGCGCUGGUCGGAUUUAACGCGGGACGAGUUUAAUGCUUGCUUUAAUGCUGGUAAAGAAAAAACCAAAAAUAGAUGUGGGGGGGGGGAGGGAAGUGCAAUUAGGAACAAUCACUGCUUGAAAUAAAUUCGGAAAUGUUGCAAUAAAUAUCAAAACCAAUCAAAAGAUAACGAAUUCUCAGAAAAAACAAUUAAUGAUAGAACGAUGCGUUUGCACGUACAUACCUGGUGAGCACCUCGGGAAAGUAACAUGAAGGAUGAUCCCAACGACUCCUCCGGGCCUACCGAGGUGGAUUCCAAAAUCGUGAUAUCGUGACGAUCGUAUGCUAUGCCCGAUAGAUUACAGAUUACAACGGAUGUUAACACCAUGCGAACCACUCACAACUUCUUUUCACGCGCGAUGUUUACUUCCGAAAUGGCAAACGAUCACGAGAAACACGGUGCGACGCGGACUCGACCUUUGCAGUCGGGCAAAAGGCCGAGUUUUGUUACUUUCGAUACUAAAAGGAUUCGAGAAUCGCAACAUCGACAUUCGCGAGAAGCGGCUAACUUCAGCGCGAUAAUUACGUCAUGCGCAUGUAUGCAUAAAUCGAUACUUAUUAGUCAUGUAAUUUCACAUAUAAUUAAAUUUUUCACAUUCAGUACAUGUAUAAUCUUUCCUUCGUCAAUGUAAUUCUUGUUCUAAUACAAUAUUGCAUUGACAGAAGACUGCUUAUUCAUGUACGAAACGUGAAAAGUUUUACGUAAAAUUUCAUGAUCGAUCUCCUAAAGUCGGAAUAAUUUGUACGCAAUUUAUAGACUUAUUAUGCAAUAUCUCUUUACAUAAUUAUUUACAAUGCAUAUCGAAGAUAAUUGAAAUGACGAAUGAGUCGUCAAACUAAUUGUACCUGACGUAAUUUCUGAUGUCGAAGCAUUAGAACGCACGAUAGCUGUAUUUCGCCCGCCCGUGCACUUAGCUCUCUGCUUCCUACUUUGGCCGCUACAGUUCUGAGAGGGCGUUAGUGCACGGUGAAAUCCCUGCGCAAUUUGCAAUUGCCCGCAGGACCGAUCUUCUCACAAUUGCAAAUACUGUAUUGUCGGAUAACUAAAAUCUUUGAAAAUCACUGAUCAACGAUUUAUAACGUUGAUAAUAUGGAUAAUGAUAAAUUUAAUCAAUACUUCGAAUUUAUGGAUGAAGGCGCGGCUGGAUCGAGAAUUUAUUCUGAUGAAAAAAAGUUUAAUCGAAUAAAUGCAUACAGUAAAAUCGGCGUAAUAAACGACAGCGUCGAUCUCAUCAACAGCAAACUCAGUCAAAUUGAAAGGGAGAUUGAUUGUAACAAGCCGAUGUUACAAAGCUGCCGCGACAAGUACGAGAACAUAGAGACAGAGAUUUGCAACGCGAGGCAACUGCAGCGGAAAGCGCAGUUUGUGCUGGAUAAUGUGCGGUCGGAGGAAGAGAAUCUUCAUGAGAGUUUCAGGAAUUUACGUCUUAACUACGAGAUGUGUGUAGAAAAAUCAGGUGGUUACCAAGAUCCAAAUGAGACGAUUCGCGUAAAGAUAAACGAGGUAACAACGCUGCGGAAGAACUUGAUGGAAGAGCUCUUGCAAUUGCGAAAAAAAUUAGAUGACGAUGGAAAAAAGCUCGUUCGCGUAAAGGCCAUGAUCACGGAACAAGAGAAAAAAAAUGUCGCACAGCUUCGAAAAUUGAAGGAGAUAUCCGAGAGCGCUGUACCCAUUUCGUUGGAUGUAAAGAAACGGAUAGACACUGUUUUGAGUCAAGAAAUAAAUGAAGGCGACGAUGUUCUUGACGAUGAUACGAUGCAAUAAAAUUUUUCAUAUAAAUAAAAUAUUUUUAUAUUAUAAAUAUUUAAAAUACUAA